AUGGCAUCAACGUCAAAGCUACCGCCAUUACCGGCUCUACGUGACUUUAUACACAUGUAUCAGCUGAAAGCUACAAAAGUAUUGUCACAGAACUAUAUAAUGGACAUGAAUAUCAACAGAAAGGUAGAUGAUAGUUUAUAAUUUAAAAUUUUAUCAUUUGGUCCAAAAGGUCUUGGACAAUUUGCACGGUGCAGCUAUAAUUCUAGUUUUGGUUGCCCCUUGCAGUCAAGUUUUUAGUUUUAAACCUUGUUUUCUUGUAAAAUUUCAUAAAUUUUGUUGAUUGUAAUAUAAAAGCUGUUAAUUUGCUUUAGGUUGUACGUAGUUCCGGCUUAAAACCAAACGGAUAUGCGUUGGAAAUCGGGCCGGGACCUGGUGGUAUUACGAGAGCGAUAUUGGAGAAGAAUCCACAAAGAUUUGAUGUUGUAGAGAUUGAUAAUCAGUUCAAAGAGCCUUUAGAGGUAAGUCAGAGGUUGUAUUUUGUCUAAAAAAUGUUGGGAUAGGGGUUUAAAUUGGGUUGAAUGUUGAGUUUUUGUUCUUUUUUUGGAGGUAUGUUGAGUUGAACCUAGUGUAAUAUCGGAAAGUUGUUGCUGUGGCUUUCUAAUAUAACAAAUAUCCACAAAUUUUCACAUUUACAGGUCUUACGAGAAGCCUCGGACAACGUUCUGAACAUUCAUAUGGGUAAUGUCCUGAAGACGGAUCUAGGUGAAAUAAUGGAAGAAGCCGGCCUACAAAAGGUGCCAUGGUGGGACGAACCUCCGAAUUAUCGCCUAAUAGGCAACCUUCCAUUUAACAUAGCAUCUCCAUUGAUCAUUCAAAUGUUGAGACACAUGGCAUGGAGGAGGGGACCAUGGGGGUUCGGCCGAGUACCAUUAACAUUGACUUUUCAAUUGGAGGUGGCUAAGCGAAUAUGUUCCCCAAUUGAUUGUGAUGAACGAAGUAGGAUCAGUAUUGUGUCACAGUUUGUGUCGGAUCCGAAAUUGGUGUUUGUCAUACCGGGACAGUGCUUCGUACCCAGACCUCAGGUAUGUUGUAGUAGGUUUAAGAGGGUUUUUAUGGAAAAUGUAGUUUUCUGAAGGUUUUCUUAGGUUUGAUGCGACAUAUUGAUUAUAUAUUGAAUAGCAAAUGUAGUUUACAUGAUUAAUUUCGAUUUUUUGUUUUUUAUGACCAGUUAUAUUGUAGUAGCUCUAUAGUAGGUAUGACCUGGUAAUAUUAGAUUUUUGAGCUUUUUUUAUUGAUUUUUAUGGAGUAUAGUGCUUAUAUUAUGAAUAGCGGGGGUAAUUUACGUCAUUAUUUUUAAAAUUUUUUUUGAAAUUUUGUUUAUUUUUGGUCAGUUAUUUUAUAGUAUAUUUUGAUGUGAUAAGAGUUGACUUUCAAGGGUUUUAUUGAUUUUCAUGGCAUUUAAUGCUUGUGUUAUGGUCCACAAAGACGGUUGGUUUAAGUUUUUAAAAUUUUAUUUUAUUUAAGGUUAUGUUGUUUUAGGUAGAUGUAGGAGUAGUAACCUUCGUACCCCGUGAAGAGCCUCUAAUUGAAACCUCAUUUGAAAUCGUAGAAAAAGUGGCACGACAUGUGUUCCACUAUCGACAGAAGAACAUUAUCCACCCGGUCAAGACGUUAUAUCCACCGACGAUGGCCAAGGAUAUGGCUCACGAUCUUCUGAAGAACUGUCGAUUGAAUCCAACAUAUAAACCCUACCAACUUGGCAUACCUGACUUUGCCGACAUCUGUUUGUAUUACGAGAAACAGUGUCGAGAGUGAGUUUUUUGAAGGGUUUUUUUGGGCAGGGUAGAGUAAAAGAGGGUAUGGUAGAGUAAGAUAUAGCAUAGAAGAGCAAGGUAACGUAAGGUAGAGUAGGUUAUAGUAUAAUAGUUGAAGGUAAGGUAAUAUUAGGUAAAGUAAGAUAGAGUUGGGUAGCGUAGGGUAUGUCAGAGUAGGCUAUAGUAUAGUAGGGUAAGAUAAGGUAAGGAAAGGCAAGGCAAAACAAGAUUAGGUAGAGUACGCUAAGAUAGGUCAAUGUACGACAAAGCAAAAUAAGAAAAGGCAGGGUAGGGUAGAAUAGAGUAAGUUAAUGUAUAUUAAAGGAAAGUAAGGCAAGGUAAAAUCGGGUAACCUAGAGUAAGGUAUUGUACGGUAUAGUAAAAUUAAGGUAAAGCAGUUUAGUCCAACCAUAAUAAUGCUGUUUUAUAAAACUUUUUCUUAACACUACAACUUUCAGAACCCCCGGCCUGUACGCCUAUCACUAUUUCCAGCACAAACGGCAUGAUUUCGCACAAUUCGCCUCGAAACCAGAUGCGUUCCCACCGACUUUUGACGUUUUAAAACAGAAACAACCUAAUUUUAAGCACGGGAUCUCAUUGGCACAAACUAAUCAGUCUUUCUAG